CUACCACUGGACUCUGCUCAGCAAGUGUUAUACCCUACGAGCUGCGUGGCACACUCUUCACUCCCUUUCACGGUUGCCAAUGAGGAGAACGAACACACUCCUCCGCACCUUGCCGCACUUCCUCACAUGGCGCGCCUUCCGCUUCCGCACCUUCGCCACCACCAAGCACCUCGAGACCUUCACGGAGCAAUUCGAAAUCGGCUCGAGCGUGAUCACGCUCGAGACCGGCAAGAUCGCUCGCUUCGCCAACGCCGCCGUCGUUUUGGCAAUGGAAAACACCAACGUCCUCUCCACCGUCACCGCCUCUAAAGCCAACGACGCCGUUCGCGAUUUCUUACCUCUCACCGUGGAUUAUCAAGAGAAGCAAUUCGCGCAAGGCGUGAUUCCGACUUCGUUCAUGCGGAGGGAAGGUGCUCCGAGAGAGCGUGAGCUCUUGUGUGGUCGAAUCAUCGACCGGCCAAUUCGGCCGCUGUUUCCACCGGGAUUUUACCACGAGGUUCAGGUAAUGGCGAGUGUUCUUUCUUCCGAUGGAAAACAAGAUACGGAUGUGUUAGCAGCUAAUGCAACUUCAGCUGCUCUUAUGUUAUCAGAUAUUCCUUGGGGUGGUCCCAUUGGAAUGGUUCGAAUUGGUAGGAUAUGUGGACAGUUUAUAGUAAAUCCUACCAUGGAUGAGCUUAAGUUAAGUGAUCUUAACUUGGUGUAUGCUUGUACAAAGGACAAAACUUUGAUGAUUGAUGUGCAAGCUCGUGAGAUAUCUGAUAAAGACCUAGAAGCUGGGUUAAGACUGGCUCACCCAGAGGCUGUUAAGUAUAUUGAACCUCAAAUCAGACUUGCUGCUAAAGCUGGCAAAUCUAAGAAGGAAUACAAAUUGUCAAUGCUGUCUGACAAUACAAUGGAGAAAGUUCGUAAUAUAGCAGAGGCACCAAUCGAAGCAGUUUUUACCAAUCCUAGCUAUGGAAAGUUUGAACGUGGAGAAGCAUUAGAAAAUAUUGCACAAGAUGUAAAGAGAGUGCUCGAGGAAGAAGGUGAUGAAGAAAGCUUAAAAGUCUUGUCAAAGGCAGUAGAUACUGUGAGGAAGAAGGUGGUUCGUAAAAGAAUUAUUGCAGAAGGAUACAGACUUGAUGGAAGACAGCUCGAUGAAGUAAGGCCUUUGUAUUGUGAAGCUGGAUAUGUUUCCAUGUUACAUGGAUCUGCACUAUUUUCCCGUGGAGAGACACAGGUCUUAUGUACAGUAACACUUGGAGCACCUACAGAUGCUCAACGCUUGGAAUCUGUAGUCGGUCCUCCAACAAAGCGAUUUAUGCUUCACUAUAGUUUUCCUCCCUUCUGCAUAAAUGAAGUUGGUAAACGUGGUGGUCUGAACAGGCGUGAAGUUGGUCAUGGAACUCUUGCUGAGAAAGCUCUUCUUGCUGUUUUGCCCCCUGAAGAUGAUUUUCCAUAUACUGUUCGUGUCAACUCUGAAGUCAUGGCUUCAGAUGGUUCGACAUCAAUGGCAACUGUAUGUGGAGGUAGUAUGGCUUUGAUGGAUGCUGGCAUUCCUGUACGUGAACAUGUUGCUGGGGUUUCUGUGGGUCUUGUCAGUGAGCUUGAUCCAUCCACUGGCGAAAUAGCAGAUUAUCGUAUCUUGACUGAUAUUCUGGGCUUGGAAGACCAUCUGGGUGACAUAGACUUCAAGAUUGCUGGAACUCGAAAAGGAGUUACGGCUAUUCAAUUGGAUAUAAAACCAGCAGGGAUUCCUCUGGAUAUCGUAUGCGAAUGUUUAGAACCUGCACACAAAGCUCGUCUUCAAAUUCUUGAUCACAUGGAACAAGAAAUCAAUGUACCUCGUAACAAGAAUGACAGUACUUCUCCACGACUAGCCACCUUAAAGUACAACAAUGAUGCUCUUCGUCGCCUAAUUGGACCAAUGGGUGCUCUAAAGAGAAAAAUGGAAGAGGAAACAGGUGCACGGAUGUCUGUAGGUGAUGGAACACUUACAAUAGUUGCUAAGAAUCAAUCUGUAAUGGACAAAAUACUAGAAAAGAUUGAUUUUAUUGUGGGCCGUCAAAUUGAAGUUGGAGGCAUCUACACAGGUAUUGUCACCACUAUAAAAGAGUAUGGAGCUUUUGUGGAGUUUAAUGGUGGCCAGCAGGGCCUACUCCACAUUUCUGAGUUGUCACAUGAACCGGUUUCCCAAGUUUCAGAGGUUGUCUCUGUUGGCCAGAAGCUGUCUUUGAUGUGCAUAGGCCAAGAUGUUCAUGGUAACAUUAAAUUAUCCCUUAAAGCAACUUCGCCUCGUCCUGGAGGAUUGGAGACUAAUGAUGCAGUUGAAGAAUCUGUUGCAUCUGCAAAAGAAACAGCCAACAUUUGGGCACCAGUUGGGAAUGUGUCUAGUACACAAGAACAAAAUUCUGCUCAUGAGUUGUCUUUAGGCAAUCUUGAGUUGGGUAAUGCAAAAUCCCAAACCUCCCAAGUUCCGGUAAUUUUAAUACGCAGUGCUGCAGAGUGCGAUGAAGAGGAGAAAUCAUCCAGCUUGAAUCUGUCUUCAAAAAGUCCUCAUGUAGAUAAUGGGGUACAAUUGGAUCGCAAGUCAAAAUCUCGAUCUCAAAAUGCAAAAUCUCGUAGAUCUCAAGAUGUUGAUGCUCCAUCUUCUCAUUCAGGUCCCUUGCCUUAUAAGAAGUCGAAACCUUCAAUGCAGAAAGAGUCAAAAUCUGAUAUUCAAAAGCCAAAAGGGGAUGCGCAGGAACCUAAAGAUAAGGUAACUGCAGAAGAUCUGAAACUCGGAACUCAAGUAACUGCCAAAGUCUCUCAAAUUCGUGCACAUGGGUUAGUGUUGGACUUGGGUGGAGGACUUCGAGGAAUGUACCGGUUUGAGGAAAAUAACAAAAGGGACUUUAAAAUAGGCGAUGAGAUGCGAGUUGUGUGCUCAAGCUUUUCUAGCAAGGGAAUUCCAGUAUUGUCUUUUGUGAAUGAUCAAUAACUUCCUAAUGGUAAUUCCUUUCAUUAGAGAGCCCAUGGAUUUAUAUUCCCAUGGUUUGGAAAAAAGUUCUUCAAGCAGUGUAAGUAACACCAAUGAUUUUACUGAAAAUCUGGUAUUGGGUGACGCUUAUUAACAUCAAUUUGACCAAUGGUUUUACUAUGGACGCUUAUUAACAUCAAUUAACGGUAUGAAGCUUGGGAAAGCUGUUGGAAAAUGGGGUCUUUGAGAUGCUUGAUGCAAGUUUGCCAUCAUGACUUCCAUUUCACACUUAGACAUUGAGUGGUGAACGUCCAUAGUAUUUGAUAUAAAUGUGUAAGGGCUAUUCUUCAUUGAUCUUCUCUGGGUUUUGACGCCCAAGUUGAUUUAACAUAUGUUGAUUAAAUUAAAUGGUGUGGCAACUGUUGUGGGGACUAGAGUUUACCAUAUUCACGACCUAGCUGUCAAUACCAUUGCUUACACUGAAGGAAUUCCAAACCCCCAUUUAUUUGAAUGAUUUUUUUGGCUGUCAUCUCAUUUCGUUUUUAAUUGGUAUCCUCAACAUUUAAAUGUAUGACUCAUCUAAGCCUUUAAAUUUUGGACAUUAGUAUGUUAUUAUUCUCAGUUCCCCCGA